AUGAAGGCCGUAGGUUGGAUGCCCCGUACUGUGCGCAGUGCGUUUUCUUGGACGUUCGGAUCGGAAAACCUCAUCCGCGUCUUCACCCUUCGCAAAGUCCUGGUCUCCGUCUCACUCGUCCCGGUGUUCCUGUUCCUUGCAAUUAUUUGUCAGGGCAUACCACCAAACUAUGAAGAUAUCAGGUCAUUCGAACACCACCUCCCUCAACACUCCUUGUCAAGACAUCAGCCGCAGUACCUACGAUAUCCAGGUCAUCUGUGGGGCUUCGGGUUCAAUAACGUUCUUCAGGAAGCCAUUUUGAUGUCUUACCUCGCCUACGUUUCCAACGUAUCAUUUGUCUUUGAGGACUAUACAUGGUCGCACUUACCAUUGCCAUGGACAGUUUACGACUUCGCUCUGCGUCCCGCACGCAUACCAUUAAACGCUCUCAUAUCUGGGCCGACCGCAGGAGGGCCAAUGCCUAGCGCACCAAAUGCACCCCGUGCAGUGAACGCUGAGUUCUACACACAAGUCUGUGGAGGUCCUGAAAGCCGAAAACACGUUAUCAGCUCUCUAACCGCGCCAAACGAUGCAGACGGCGAUGUCAUGAUUGAUUGGUGGGUAGAUCAGCUCGCAUCCGUGCAAGAGCCGUGCAUAGAAAUAGAUUCGUCUGCCCACGAUGUCUUUGACAGACACUUCUUCGGAAAUCCACGGAUUCUUUCCCUCUGGGAAUCCUUGACUAAAUCACCUAUAUUGACUGACUUCGCUUGGUCGCCGCUUGUGCAAGCGGCGGUUUCGCGUAACUUUGCGCUGCUGCAACCAGAGUCUGCUAAAGACCUCUACGAUGCACAUUCCCGUAAAUCACUUGCUGGGCUGGUCGCGCUGCACCUCCGCAGGGGCGAUUACAAGCGGCAUUGUCCGAACCUCGCAAAGUGGGGCGCAGACUAUAUGGGUAUAAAUCAGCACCCAUCACUCCCUGAUCGAUUCGAUCCGUCUCCGUAUGUCAACGACACGAAUGCAGGGCUGUCAUAUUAUCUUGAUCAUUGCUGGCCAUCAACAGAGCAGGUUGUGGAAAGGCUAAGGAACAUUCGGAAAGAGUAUCCUGGGCUGAGACGAGUGUAUGUUCUCUCAAAUGAAUGGGCGUGGAGUCUUGAUGGUCUGAAGAACGCGCUUGAGGAGGAUGGGUGGGAUGACUUGGUAAGCAGUACUGAUAUCGUGCUCGAUUCGGAGCAAAAGCAUGUGGCUAUGGCAGUAGAUAUGGCGAUUGCAGAGAAGGCAGAGGUGUUCAUCGGGAACGGGUUCUCGAGCCUAUCUUCGAACGUGGUGAUGCUGAGGAUGGCGAAGGGGAUAGAAGGGGAGAGCAAUCGGUUUUUAUGA